AUGAUUGAUGAAAACAGGGAAAAUGGUUUCAAAGAAUAUAAAUCAAUUUUAGAAGAUUUAAAACAUUCUUUUCAAAAUAAAUGGAAAAUAAAAAGUUUUUCCUCUAAUAAUAAUAAUAAAAAUGAAUCAUCAUUGGACGAUUUCGAAAGAAUUCGAACACUUGGUACUGGUGCAUUUGGACGAGUAAUGUUAAUUAAACAUAAACAAUCAUCAAGAUAUUAUGCGAUGAAAAUUUUGACAAAAGCCAAAAUUAUUGAAUUAAAUCAGGUGAGUCACACCUAUAAUGAAAAAAAAAUUUUACAAUGUCUCAAAUUUCCCUUUGUCAUUUAUAUGGAAUAUUUUUUUAAAGACAAUUCUUAUAUUUAUUUAAUUCUUCCAUUUAUAAGUGGCGGUGAAAUGUUUUCCUAUUUAAAACAAAUGGGAAAAUUUGAUGAAAUAACAGCAAAAUUUUAUGCAGCUCAAGUAACAUUGGCUUUAGAAUAUUUACACUAUUGCAAUGUUGUUUAUCGUGAUUUAAAACCAGAAAAUAUUCUUAUUGAAAGAAAUGGAUAUUUAAAAUUGACAGAUUUUGGUUUUUCUAAAGUUAUUGAAGGAAGAACAUGGACAUUAUGUGGUACACCUGAAUAUUUAGCACCGGAAAUUAUUUUAUCAAAAGGAUAUGGAAAAUCAGUUGAUUGGUGGAGUUUUGGUGUUUUAUUAUAUGAAAUGAAUAUUGGCUAUUCACCAUUUUAUUCAUCAAGACCAAUGAAAAUUUAUGAGAAAAUUGUCGCUGGAAAAUAUAAAUUUCCCAUUAUUUUUGGUAAUGAUUUAAAGGAUCUUUUGAAAAAUAUUCUUCAAAUUGAUUUAACAAGACGUUAUGGAAAUUUAAAGAAUGGUUCAAUGGAUAUUAAACGACAUUCAUGGUUUAAAACAAUUGAUUGGAUACAAAUUUAUAAUCAAGAUAUUGAAGCACCUUAUAAGCCAAAAUUUAAACAUUUGGGAGAUUCAAGUAAUUUUGAUCACUAUAAAGAAGAAUCAUUUAAAAUUGAGAGUUUUGAUCAUUAUCCUGAAGAAUUUGCUGAUUUUUAAUGAAAAAUUUAAUAAUUCGUUAAAAAAAUUAAUUAAUUAAUAUUAAAGAAGAAA